AUGAAAAUAAACAUAAGUAUCGGUCCUGAAGACAAAUUAAGUAGCUCUGCUUAAUAUAGCAAUGACUUUUAUAAUAAAUUUAUUUUAAUAAAAUAAGCUAUAAAAAAGUUAAAGAAAAAAAGAGAUUCUGUUAUUUAAAAACUGUUAGCCAAAAAAUAAAAUGAAAAUGUUGUCAUUAAAAAUAAGUAAAUUAUGAAAAACUAAAAUAAAAAAUCAAAUCAAGAUUUAGAUACUAAAAUUAUUGAUAAAUAAUCAAGCAAAAUUAAAAAUUAAAAAUAAAAAAUCUAAAAACUCUCAUAAAUAUAAUAAAAAAAUUCUAUUUUAUAAAGUAAGUAACUUAGUGAAUGUCUAGAUUUUUUAAAAUAGAAUAAUUAUAAAAAUUUUUAAUUGCAUUAUGAGUCUACUAAAAAUUAUAUAUUUAUUGCUGAGAAUAAUAAAUUUCCUUCAUAAAUUGUUAUAAAAAUAAUUUAGAUUAACAAUGAUGUCAAUUCAAAUGAUAAUAAUUUUAUUUUUGAAAAAUUAAUUUAGAACGAACAGAUUAUAAAUUAAAUUUAAUAACCAUAACAUAUUGUUAAAAUUUAUGAAUAAUUUUUGUGUGGCAAAUUUAUAAUUUAAAUAAUGGACUACUUUCCUUACAGCUUAAGUUCUAUUUUGGAAGAAAAAGUAAUGGAAAGUUUAUCAACAAAAUAAAUUUAUCUUAUUAUAUCUUAACUAAUCUGUGCAAUGGUUGAAUUACAUAUUCAUGAUAUAUAGCACUUAAACCUUAAACCAUCAAAUAUCUUUCUCACUCGUGAUUGCCAAGUGAAGUUGUCUGAUUACAAAAUAUCCCAGCUGAAUUAGCUUUUAGUUUAAAAAAACCCAUCUCAAGAAGAUAAAAAAUAUUUUUCUUAAGAGCAACUAAAAUCUUUCGAACAAUCAAAAUAAGAAUAAUACUAAAUAAUCGAUGAAAAAUCAGAUAUAUUUAGCUUAGGUUUGAUUUUUUUAAAUUUAAUUGGUGUAAAAAUUUCAAAUGAGAUUGCAGAAUAAAUUAAAAAUGGAGAUUUUUAGAAUUUAUAAGUUAAGGAAGAAUACUAGCAUUUAUAUUAUUUCGUGAGAUAUUAUAUGUUGGAUUAGCUAGCUAGUUUGAGAAAAAGAGCUAUUUAGUUAAAUAUUUAUUUUUUUAAUAUGAUCUCUAAAUUUACUGAAUUUGAAACACAAAAGAAAAGAAUUACUUACUUUUUAAGAAAAUUUAAAGAUUAAAUUUCAAAAAAGUAAUUAGCUUAUGCAUACUGUUUAGCAGGGUAGGUGGGUAUUUGUUAUCUAGAUACUUUCUUGAAGAGUAUUUAGAUAUCAGAAUAAACAAAAGAUAUAAAAUUGGCUGAUUAAUUUUUAUUUAAAUAUUUAUAUGUUGAGGCUCGACUAAACUCAAGAAAUGCUACAACUCAAGAUAUAAUUAAAUGUUUGGAUUUUUUUGCUGGCUGCUCUUUUCAUUAAGAUGAUGUUGAUAUUGCAUAAUCUUUAACCUGUAUAGCGAUGAUUUAUGAAAGAUUAGGAGAUUACUAAAAAGCUCUAGAAUAUGACAUUAUGGCUUACAAAAUGAGAGAAAGAAUCUUCAGCAAAGAUCACCCAGAUGUUGCUGUAUCUUUAAGUAGUUUGUCAGUAUCUUAUGAUAAAUUAUAAGAUUUUUAAAAUGCUUUUAUUUACUGUCAAAAAGCAUUAGAAAUGAGAUAAAGGUUGUAUAAAUGCCAACACACUGAAAUAGCUUAAUCGUUGAAAAGUAUCGCCUUACUAUUUUACAAAUAAUGUGACUAUUAAAACUCGCUAAAAUAUGAUCUAUUUUGCCUUCAAAUGAGACAAUAAUUAUUUUAAGGAGAUCACUUUGAUAUAAUUUAAUCACUAAGUAGUAUUGCAUAAACUUAUGAAAAAAUAUAAGACAUAUAAAAUUCUCUUUAAUACUAUUUAAAAGCUCUUGAAAUAUCUUAAAAUUUGUUUAAAAACCAAGAUAUUCCAUUAAUAGCAGAUUUUUUGAGCAGCAUUGGUGCGAUAUAUAGCAAAAUUAAAGAUACAUAAAAAGCAAUAUAAUAUUAAUUGAUGGCUCUUGAUAUGAAAAAGCGAUUAUUUGAAGAAAGUGAUAUUUAAAUUAUUCAAGCUAUAAAUAUUCUAGCUUUUUCAUAUUCUUAAAGUGAGUAAUACGACUAAGCAAUUGAAUAUUCCUAAAAAUCAAUAGAAAUUAUUUAGACAUUUUUUCCAGAAAAUUUAGCUGAAUUAGCUCAAUCUUUUUCAUUUUUAUCUUUUCUUUUUGAAUAGAAAGGUGAUAUUAAAUCAGCACUAGAUUAAAGCAUUUCAGGUCUUUAAAUUAAAUAAAAAAUUCAAAAAGUGGAUUCGAUAGAAAAUAUUUAAUGUCUUAAGAAUGUUAUAUCCUAUUGUGGUAAGCUUGAAGAUUUUGAAAAAAUAGUUUAAUAUGGAGAAUAAGCUUUUAACAUUUUAAAAAAUAUAAAUGAGGAAGAAUCAAAUGAUGCCGAUUAAAUAUUAUCUAUUUUAGCAUUUGCUUAUGAGAAGCUAUAAAAUUAUCAAAAAGCUGUAGAAUCUAACAUUAAAAUACACAACAUUAAAAUUAAAAAUGGCUAGGAAAACAAAACUAAUAUUUUGGAAUUUCUAAUAAAAAUAAGUACAUAGUAUGAAAAAAUGGAUGAGCAAACAAAUGCAAUAAAUUACGGUUUACAAGCUUUGGAGCUUAAAAAAGAUAUCAAUAAAAAUUAAAUAAACGAUGAUUAAGGACUUAGAAUACUUAAUCAGUUAGCUUAUUUAUAUGAAAAGAUUAAGGAAUACUAAAAAGCUAUAGAAUAUUAAUUGAUAAUUCUUGAAGUUAAACAGUAAAUGUAUGAAGAGAAUCAUGUCGAAAUUUCUAACUCAUUAGCUCAUUUAGCAUACCUCUACAGUUAAAUAGAUGAAGAUGAAAAAUCUGUAUAAUAUGGAUUAAAAUCACUUGAAAUGAAAUAAAUUCUAUUUCCUGAAAAUAGCGAGCAAGUUGCUUCUGGGAUGUCAAACCUUUCGUAAUUUUAUGAUAAAUUAGGCGAAUUCGAUAAAGAGUUAUAAUAUAGCUUGAGCGCAUAUAAUAUCAGAUAGUAAAUUGAUUAGGAUAAAGAUAGUCCUGAGCUUGCGCUUUGUUUAUUAAAUUUAGGUAUUUCAUAUGGUAAAUUAGGAUAGGAUUAAAAUGCUUUGAAAUAUAAAGAAAUGUCUUUAGAAAUGAGGAAAAGAUUAUUGUAAAUUAAUACACCUGAGAUUGCUAGUGCAAUGAGAAGUUUAGGAAUUACAUAUGAGAGGAUUGGAUAAGAUUAAAAAGCGUUUGAUUUAUUUAAUGAAUCACUUCAAAUAAGAUAAAAAUUAUAUAAUACUGAUCAUCUUGAAACUGCUUAGUCUUUGAUUAGUGUUUCUAUUGCAUAUGGUAGACGCUAAGAGCCUUAAAAAGGUAUUGAGAUAGGAAUUUAAGCUUUAGAGAUGAGAUAAAGGAUUUAUAAAAGAGAUCACUAUGAAAUAGCAUAAUCGUAUAAUAGUUUAGCUUCACUUUAUGAUUAAACAUAGUAAUUCGAAAAAUCUCUUGAAAAUGGCUUAAAAGCAUAUGAAAUUCUAUGUAAAUUAUAUAAAAGAGACCAUAUAGAUUUAGCUUAGUCUUUGUUCGUUUUAGGAACAUCUUAUGAACGCUUAGAAUAAAAAGAAAAGUCAUUAGAAAACAAAAUUAAAUCUCUGGAAAUGAAAGAAAGAAUUUAUAAAGUGGAGCACCCUGAAAUACUUGUAAAUAUUACUAGUUUAGCAUUUUAAUACCAGAGUUAUGGUAAUAUUGAAAAAGCAAUUGAAUAUAACUUGAAAGGUUUAGAAAUAAAAACUAAGUUAUUAUCAGAUGACCACCCUGAUAUUUCUUAAUUACUUGUUAAUAUUGCAAAACUUUAUGGUAUAUAAAACAAUUUUGAAAAAGAGCUUGAAUUUGAAUUAAAAGCUUUGGAAACGAGAGAGCGAUUUUAUAAAAAUAAUCAUCAGAAUAUUGCAGAAUCUCUAUAAAAUUUAGCUUUAUUUUACUAAAAACAAAAUGAUCAUGAAAAUGCUAUUUUAUAUGGACUUAAAACUCUUGAAAUGAAAUUUAAAUUAUACAAAGAAAUAAAAUAUGAUUUUUUAUCAACAUUUACAAUAUUAGCUUACUCUUAUGAAAGUUUAUCUUUAUUAGAUGAAGCUAUUGCUUAUCAAUUAAAGGUUAUUGAAUCUAAUUAAAUUCUUUAAAUUGUUGAUGACUUUGAAUAUGCUAAGCUUUACUCUAAAUUAGCAUUAUUAUACGAUAAGUAGGGAAAUUUCGAAUUAGCUUUGUAAUGUGAUCAGUAAGCACUGAGUGCUUAUGAAAAAUUUUAUCAAAAGGAUCAUCCAGAUAUUGCCAACGCAAUGAGCACUUUAGCUAUUUCCUACAGUAAAUUAGGAGAUUUCUAAUAAUCUAUUAUCUAUAAUUAAAAGGCACUCGACAUAAGAAAAAAUAUAUAUGGUCUUGAAAACCUUGAGACAGCUUAAUCUUUAACUAUGCUUGGAGCUCUUUAUUAAAAAAUAGGAGAGAAUUAAAUGUCUUUCGAAAAUUACUAGCAAGCUUUAGAGAUUAGAAAAAAAUUAUUAUUAGAAAAUGACCCAUUAAUUUCAAGUUCUUUAAAUAGUUCAGCUCUAGCAAGCAACAGAUUAGGAAAUUUUGGAGAAGCUAUAAAAUAUUGGUUAGAAUAGCUAAAUAUUUUUGAAGAAGAUUCUAAUGAAAAGGCAUAAACUUUAACUAGAAUUUGCAUAUGCUACAAUAAACUUGGGGACACACAAUAAGCUGUUUUCUAUGCAGAAUAAGCCUUUCAAAUGAAAUAGAGAAUGAUUUAAGUAAGUAAACAAGAAGUUUAGUUUUCACUAAAUUUGUUAAUUUCUUGUUAUGAAUAAAUUGGGGAUUUCUAAAAAAGUUAAGAAUUAAAACAGCUAAUAUUAAUUCCAAAAAUCUAAAAUGGAAAUGAGAAUUGA